AUGGAGUCUCUGAAAGGAAAAACACGGGGAGAGGACUUGUAUGACCGGGUGUCUGCUGUCAUUGAAAAUAUGAAGCUCCCUUGGAGUAAACUUAUCAACGUCACCACAGAUAGAUCUCCUAGUUUGACGGGGAAAAAUGUCGGCCUGCUGAGGAGAAUACAGAAUAAAGUGAAAGAUGAAAAUCCUGACCAGGAUGUUAUUUUCCUUCACUGCAUCAUCCACCAGGAAUCUCUAUGUAAAUCGGUAUUACAGCUGAAUCAUGUUGUGAAUCCUGUCGUAAAACUUGUCAACUUUACACGUGCAAGGGGCCUUCAGCACCGUCAGUUCAUCACGUUCCUGGAGGAAACUGAUGCGGAUCACCAGGACCUACUUUAUCACUCCCGUGUCCGCUGGUUAAGUUUGGGCAAAGUGUUUCAACGAGUAUGGGAGCUCAAGGAGGAGAUCGGUGCAUUUUUGGAGUUACUGAGGAAGGCCGGCGAAUUUCUUGAGCUGAGCAACAAGAGCUGGCUUUGUGACUUUGCGUUUGCUGUGGAUAUAUUUUCACACAUGAAUGAACUGAACGUGAAGCUACAGGGGAAGGAUCAGUUUGUGCAUGACAUGUACACAAAUGUGAAAGCCUUUAAAUCCAAGCUGGCUUUUUUCUCCAGGCAAAUUUCGAAUAAGUUAUUCACUCAUUUUCCCACACUAGCCACGCUGGAAGAGGCCGGCGCAAAUGUGAAAAAAUACAGCGAGUCACUGGAUGCGCUGCACAGAGAAUUCUGCCGUCGCUUUUCUGAUUUUGAAAAAAAUUGACAAGUCACUUCAGUUGGUGGCCUGUCCCCUGUCACAAGAUCCUGAAACAGCACCAGAGGAGCUACAGCUGGAACUGAUCGACUUUCAGUCUGACCCCAUCUUAAAAGAGAAGUUCAACUCUCUUAAACUGAAUGACUUUUAUGAUUCACUUGGUAAAGAGGUGUUUCCAAACCUCCGGAGGACGGCACAGAAGAUGCUGGCGUUGUUCGGCUCGACCUAUUUGUGUGAACAGGCGUUCAGCGUCAUGAACAUCAACAAAGCCAGCCACAGAUCCAAGUUAACAGACCAACACCUCAGAUCCAUCCUGAGAAUUGCCACAACAAAACUAAAUCCAGACUUUGAUGCGCUGGCUAAAAAGGGAGACCAACAACACUGUUCCCACUGAAAUUAAAAAUAAGUUUCUUCGUUGUGUUAAGUAAAAAAUGCAUUUGAAAAUAUUUUUUUCAAUAAGCCUUACAUGUUACAUGUCAUUUCUGUUAAGUGAUGGACAUGAGUAGUGCGCAGGUGCACGUACGUUCUCAAAAUAAAAAAUGCGCUCCAGAUCAAAUAACGCGCUCCGCAUACUGGCGCGCUGUCAGUGUUCUGUCUUUGUGCUGGUCGUUGUUGAGUUUUGGCACAGGGGACAAUUGAAUAAGAAGGAGCAGGACAAGUAGA